AGAGGAUUUGCUAUCAAUAUCUCUCUAUAUAUAUAUUCUCUCUUUCCCUCUACUUCUUCCCUCAAAUUCAUUUCUUUUGAUUUAAUCUAUAGGAGUGUAAUAACUAAGAAAGAUAUAGAAAAGAAACAGGGGAGUGAGGUAGAGAGGAGAAGAGAGGAGAAAAAAAAGCUUUUUUUUAAAAUAAAAAAAUGAACAGAAAAACCUACUCUUUUGUUUCUAUUGCAAUCAUUUCUCAUCUCAGAUUUUAAAUUUCUUCCCAUUUUCUCAUCUGGGUUGUUUCCAAGAUGGAUUCUUGGAUUGUUAUCUGAUUGGUGCAUGAAGUUUCCAGAUGAUCCUAGAUUGGAUUCCACAAUUAUCAACUCUGUUUUUUUACCAGAUUCUGUCUGUAAUUCAAAAAGAUUAGAUGGAAUCAGAUCUUGGUAAACUCUUCAUUGGUGGGAUAUCUUGGGACACCGAUGAGGAACGUCUCAAGGAGUAUUUUGGGAAAUAUGGAGAAGUGGUGGAGGCUAUUAUCACGAGAGACCGAUUUACCGGUCGUGCUCGUGGCUUCGGUUUCAUUGUCUUUGCUGAUCCUGCUGUUGCAGAGAAAGUAAUUACCGAUAAGCAUAUGAUAGAUGGUCGCAUGGUUGAGGCAAAGAAGGCUGUUCCUAGGGAUGAUCAGAACAUUUUAAACCGGAACAUGAGUGGCAUCAAUGGCUCUCCUGUUCCUGGACGCACGAAGAAGAUUUUUGUCGGAGGUUUAGCCUCAUCGGUCACCGAGAGUGACUUUAAGAACUACUUUGAUCAGUUCGGUACAAUUACAGACGUCGUGGUGAUGUAUGAUCAUAAUACGCAAAGGUCAAGAGGAUUUGGUUUCAUCACUUAUGAUUCAGAGGAAGCCGUGGAUACAGUUCUGCAUAAAACAUUUCAUGAACUUAAAGGGAAAUUGGUGGAGGUCAAGAGGGCUGUUCCUAAAGAACUAUCUCCUGGCCCCACCCGCAACCCCGUGAUUGGAUUUAAUUAUGGUUUGAGUAGGGCUGCCAACUUCCUCAAUAGUUAUGCUCAGGGAUAUAAUCUUAGCCCACUUGCGGACUUUGGUAUUAGGAUAGAUGGCAGAUUUAAUCCUCUUCCUACUGGUCGAAGCGGAUUUCCUUCAUUUAGUACCACUGGAUACGGAUUAGAUAUGGAUAUGGAUCCAAGAAUGAGCCCAGGCUAUGGUGGGAAUUCCAACUUUGGCAACAGUCUAGGAUAUGGGCGGAUAAUUAGCCCCUAUUAUGGUGGGAUUUCGAACAGGUAUAACAUUCCUAUUGGAUAUGGUGUUGGAAAUGGAAGAAACGAUUCUAAUUCGAGCUCCACUACUCGGGAUAUCUGGGGGAGUGGAGGCCUUAGCAAUGCCACAAAUGCUUCCGACACUGGUGGCUUCUUGGGGACUGGAAGGGAGAGUUUUGGUCCUUUAGGGAGUAGUGGGGGUAAUUGGAGUGCUGCUUCUUCUGUGCAAAGUGGAGGCAAUGCUUCUGGCUAUACAGGUGGGACUGCCGGUUAUGGUAGUACUGAUGACAAUUAUGGUAUAGGAGGGGGAAGAUGCGGAAGAAACAGUGGCAUUGUUGCAGCUCCGACAUCAUCUCUUGCUGAACCAAUGGAUAAUUUUAAGGGAUCCUAUGGGGAUCUUUACCAUAGCGGUUCAGUUUAUGGUGAUUCAACUUGGCAGUCCACUGCUCCGGACUUGGAUGGUCCUAGCUCAUUCAGUUACGGGAUUGGCAACACAUCUUCCAAUGUUACCGCAAGAUCCUCUGAGGAUUAUGUUGGAAGUUACAGUGUUGCAAGUAGAGUAAUUGCUGCCUAGAUAAUCUGUUUUUCGGGUAUAAGAAGUUAUGAUGAAGGGUGAAUAAAUUUGCUAAAAACAGGCUAAGGAUUUGUGAAUUCGAUACAACUGCCAUUUUAAAAUGUCAGCAGCUUGCAAGGAAAUUGAUCUCAUGACAGUAAUGAGGGUUAUUGAUUUGAAAUAUAAACAUUCAGAGUGAGCAGUUUACAAAGGAUUUUCCUUAAGGUUAGAGAUUUGAUUCGUUUUUAUUCUCUUCUAUUGUAAUAGUGAAAAUUUAGGCUCGUUUUCUUGGCAUUCAAGUGAGAUGUACAAUCAGAUUGCGGGAGAUCGAGUUCCAACUAAUGUACCGGUCAUCUUCAGUGGUACAUCAAACCAUAGGGUAUUAAUUUUUUCCAUUUUCUUGUUAAAUUUGUAAUGCCCUGGAAGAGUUGCUGGUUCUUUGUCAUAUUAUCUGGGAUUGUUUUUCUCUCAGAUUGUAAGGAGUUUUUGUUCAGU